GAGGUGAUUUCCGGUUUGGGAUUUUCAUUUUUCUUUGCAAACAAAUAAAACUGAAAGCGAUUUACCAAAAAAAAAGACUUGGUCAAUGGAAUUCAGUCAGUGUUUGGAUGUUGACUUGUUAAGUGGAUAAAAGAAAUCCUGGUGCAAUGGGAAUAAGGUUGGUUAUUCUGGCGGUAAUGGGACUAGGAGCCAUGUAUAUGAUGCAUCUUUUGGCUCAGGACUAUGAUCGAAUACGUCGACCAAUAAAAGCAAUUCAACGAGCACUUCGAGGAAAACGUGACGUAAUGGAUACCUACGAAAGUAAUGAGGUUGUUGACAUCAAUGUUAAUUGGAAGGGGAUAUUAGAUCAAGAUCCUUUAAGCUGCUUGCAGUCAUUAAUUUGUCAAAUAGUGUCAGGAGCACAAUCAAACGAUACGGAAGCAGAAACUUUUAUGGAGUUUAUAAAAUUAACAUAUCAUAGUGCUCCUGCAGCUGUGAGAUCAGCAUAUGCAAAAGGAUUAGCAUAUCGGGGUGUUACUGAAGGUUGCUAUGCAGAAUAUCCGUUUUGUUUUUACUCAGCUAAGAUGAUGUUAAGAAUUUUAAGAGGCUUGCAUAGCAAGGAGCGAGUCUUUCUAAUCAGUGACUGUGGACAUCAGAUAAUGCAUCUAAUUGUCACAUCCGCAUCUGUUCAUUACAACGCAACCGACAACACGGUGCAAACCAAACGUUAA